GUAACUGGUGACUGUAACAAGACGUGCCGCUCCGUUACUGCUGACCGACCCGUGACUUAAGUGCAAGACGUCUGUACUUCCCUUGGACAUCAGUAGCCUAUACACCCGCAUCUGCCAACAAGCUCUUGCAGCAUGAGUGACCUACGUGGCUUGGUGAUGGCCGAGAGCUCACGACUCACUCCCGCCACUGACCGCUAUAGGAGUUUAGGCGGCGGCGGCAGCGGCGGGCCACCCAGGGACCUGUACAUGGACACCCAGCCCCUCGACUACUCCACCAAGAAGUCCCAUGCUGGCCUGCUGUCCCUCACGUCCAUGGACAACGGCACAAACCAACACGGGGACGCCUCCGCCAGGGCCAUCUUCAGUAAGGCUAUGGCCAUGUCGGCUAUGCACGCGGACCCUCAAACCAGUGCCUUGGACAGUGGUCUGUUGUCUCGAUCGGCGUGUCAGCCCAUGUCCAUGUCAUAUAGCCCCGCCCACCAGCACCCCGCGGCCUACAGGACCCCGCCGCCGCCCGCCUACCCGCCAUUCCUGCCCGGGUCGCCGCCCCAGCAGACGUCGCCCCUGGCGCCCCUCUCCUCCUUCCACUCCCCCGCCGCGGUCAGCUCGCUCCUCCUGGCGCAGCUGCAGGCCAACCCGCUACUCUUCUCAACCCUCCUCGCCAAGACCAACCUCGCACAGCAACAACUACUGCUUCAACAGCAGCAACAACAACAACAGGAGCAGCAGAAGAGUAAGGGCCGCCUGUCCCCACGUAUGUCCCCGCAGCCUUCAGACCACCAUAGACCCCCCAGCCCCGCCCCGCUGCCAGCCUUCCCGGGGUUCGGUGGGGGUGGCCUGGACCUGCUGCACCCCCACGCUGGCUACCCGGAGCACCUGGGCGCUGGUUCGGGCGUCCUGUACCACGGCGCCACCAAAGAAGAAUUCAAACUGCUCGAGCGAAGUAACGAGGAGUUCAGAAACUUCCGCGAGAGCUUCCUCACUGAGGCUUCGAAGUUGAGGAUCCGGCGCGGCGGCAAAAAGAGUUACACGGCCUCCACUGCCCCCGCCACGGCCACGGCUGCCGCGCCCGUCAGCGGUGACACGAGUGACUCCAGCCGAGGGGCCGCGGAUGACCAGGCCAGCGAGGGCGGCAUGGAGAUGAUGAGCGUUUGCGGCGGGAACGACGACGAGGGCAGCAGGACGGAGAACGAUAGAAGCGAGGAUGAUCGAGCUCCUGACGACGACCGGGUCGACACUAGCAGCGAAACCGGCGGCCUGGUCCCUUACGUCCCCACGAGGCGCAGCAAGGGGGGUGAGCGAGCCGUGAAGGACCAAGCCUACUGGGAAAGGCGGCGCAAGAACAACGAGGCGGCCAAGCGAUCCAGGGACGCCCGCCGAGCCAAGGAGGAGGAAAUAGCCAUCCGCGGGGCCUUCUUGGAGCAGGAAAACAUGAAACUGCGCGCCGAGCUAUCCACGCUCAAGUCCGAGACGGCGAAGUUACGUUGUCUAUUGUAUAACAGCUGAAUAGAGGGUGGAUUUUCUCUGUGUCUGUCUGUCACUCUAUCUAUCUCUUAUUUUUUUAUUUCUCUCUCUCUCUCGACCAGAAAUUAAUCCCAUUGUGUGUGUGUGUGUGUGUGUGUGUAGGUUCACUUCAAAAAAACUAAAAAACAAAAAAACACAUUCAUCAACCUGUACAUACAUUGAGCUUCAUGAAUGACAAUGUUGUUAUUAUAUAUGCAUUUUGUUUUUAAGUUUUCUAGCGAUAAAAUGAAACCUCCACGGAAACAAAUGGUUCUGUCUGUGGCGAUUUUAGCAACAAUCAUCAUUAUUAUCAUUAUCAUUGUUACUAUUAUUAAUGUCAUCAAAAUAAAGCUGGAGAGUGCAAAUUAA